AUGCCCCUCAAGAUUGCCAUCAUGGGGGUGCUCAGCUACCUCAAAAAGUACAUGGUCAAUGUUAUUGUGAUUGACUCCAAUGAUGAGCCCCCUGCAAGAAAGACUUUUGGGGAUGAAGAUUAUGACUGCAACCAUGCAUCCCCAAGCCUGGGGGAGGAGGAAGAUGAAGAAGUUAUCCUCAAGGAGAUUGCUGUGGACCUGAGGCAGCAUGCAGCUUCUAUGAGCACCACAGGCAUUGAUUCCAGGGAUCUGAAGGGAAGGGGAAGGGGAAGGUAA